AUGAAGUCCCUGGCAGACCGCCCGCCGGUGAUACCCCCAGCGGUCUCAGAAAAACGUAAGCGCGCGGCGGAAGACAGCACCCGCGAGGAUGCACCGAUGGAAACGGAUGGCAAUGCAGAAGAGGAUGUCAGUUCAGCGAAGCGACCACGCCUCACAAUGCGCGAGCGCGAGCUGGCCGAGGGUGAUGAUUUCUACCUGAAUCUGCGUGACCACUGGUUGCUGAAAAACAAAAACGAGAAGAACGACAUUAUUCCAGAAAUCAUUGAGGGUCACAACAUUGCUGACUUCUUCGACGAGGACAUCGAGGCCAAGCUGAAUGAACUGGAGGCUCAGGAGCGGGAGCUGGAGAAUGUGGGCUUCUAUGAGGCCGGCGAUCUCCACGACCCUGACGACGAUGACCCAGAAAUGCAGAAAAUUAGAUCUACGGCCAGAAAGUAAGUCGCAACCGCCCCUCCCUGCCUGCAUUUCUUAUCAACUGUUAUUCUGUUCGAGGGUCAAAAUGUUGUUAUAUUUUCACCCUGGUAGCCUACUUUUACCACUCGUGCAAAGAUUUCUGCAAUUUGUGCUCUUCACAAGUUUUCCUUUAAACCAGCCCGGUCCUCUGUCCCACUGGCUUUCCGUCCUUUUUAUUUCAGUGGUUAUUGUUGUUGAGUAGGUACUUGCUCCUUUGGAAGCCAUUGGUUCCUGGCGUUUCUGACCAGGAACGCUGCCCCCCGGUCAUUCAGAAACCUAGUCAAGCCGUGGCCUGUCAGACAGGCGUUGUGUGUGUCCAGUUGGUGGGGGUUCUCGGGUUCGAAUCCCGAUGUCUUUAUCCUCCUCUUCGGCGCAGCAUGUUUGGUUUCCAAAACUGUGCCGGAGGUCGUCGGACAAAGUUUUAUUGGCUGGCAUUUGACAUUUGCCGUAGGUCAUGACUCUAGUAUAAAUCACCAAUUUGUCCCACUUGAGGAUAUUACCUUUGCACAUUCGGUGAUUGCUUUUUCAUGAGACUUGCUACUUUCUCAGCUGAAGACUACCCCACCGUCCGUCCCCUGCGGACACUUUGCUAACAGACAGGCUCUGCAUCUACCUUCUGGUGCUUCAAACUAAAACCAAUCAAAUGUCAUGAUGUUGAUUAAAGCACACGUAAUUUCGUUUGAUUCCUCAACCAGCCACUUCUACUCCCGGGAGCCCCCAGCCUCAUUUACAUUGGCUGCUUUUCUCGCACAAAUGAUGGUUUUACGUUAAAAAAAACUUGGCGCGGACGAAUUUUUCGCAAGACCUGAUGUUGAGGUCAGACUGCUGAGAUGGCUAACGACCGUGAAACCGCCGUCUGUGGCUGCGUUUUCUGUUCACGGAAUACCGCAGGGGCUUCUUUUGCAAAAUUUACGUGUUUAUGAAAAUAUGUAAUGACAUUAUGGUAUCUCGUGUACAAUUCUGUCGUUGUCUAUCCAGUUGCACCUAUUCUAUGUGUCGCCAUUUGUCAAUUUCGCCGUUUGUCAUAUCUAGUUCAGUAGUGUGUGCCAUUUCCUUUUUGGGGUUCGUUCGUCUUGGGUUGUGUUCAUCAUAAAGGGCUAACAGCGAUUUCCAUUUUACGGUCAUGGCAUGUUGCUAAACUAAUUGUCAUAAAUAUUCUUGUUGCUGUGGUGAGGUGCCGUUGACCCAGAAUACCUAUGCGGGUCAAGAGGAUACCGCUGGAGUUUUCAGCCCAGCACCCCACUGAACCCAGUUUUACGGUAGAUGUGCCACUUCAUGAAAUGUUAACCGAGAUUCAGAAAUGCGUUUUCGACUCAAAAAGAUUGCCUAAGUAGCAGUGCAACAUUAAUCACCAUGCAGCAUAAUCAUAAAAUAUUUUAGUUAUAUCAGAGUGCCGGCUUUUGAACGAACUUUCAGGUGGCCUGCAAAAACUACGCACCGUUACAAAUGACUACUUAAGUGGUAUGAAUUUUUCUCAUAAUCAAAAACACAAAACCCAACUAAACCCUUCCUUCAAGUAUAAAAUUUGAGGGAAAUUACGUUUUCAUCGAAUUUUAUGCUUCAGAUUUUCAAUUAUGACGCUUUUAAGACCAUAAACUGCCUCUUCAUAAAACGUUGUGUCUCUGCAUUUACUAAUGUUGCUUGUAAAGUUUACAAUAUGGCCCAAAUCCACUGCCAAACUUUAUGAAUUCCAUAUGUUCUCCUCUUAAUAUCAUGUAGAAAUGUAUGACUUUCCGUACAGGGAAAGCCUACAUCUUGCAGUUUGGAAAUCCUGAAUGCAAGUGUAACGGCAGGUAUAAAAUUUAAAGAAAACGUUAUUUUCCAACAAAUGAGUAAAGAAACAAGUAUUUUUUGCACAUUCUCUAUGAAAUGUAUUUGAAUUUAUAAGGCCAUCGAAAAUCGAUGAGAAAAAUGCAUACUUCUUGAUCAGUAAUUUUGGCAGGCGGCUGAAAAGAAUUUCGUUCAAAAGCCGACACCAUGAAGUAACCAAAAUAUUUUAUGAUUAUGCUGCACGGUGAUUAAUGUUGCACUGCUACUUAGGCAAUCUUUUUGAGUCGAAAACGCAUUCCGGAAUUUCUGUUAGCAUUUCAUAAGUGAUCGCAUUUACCGUAAUUUUCAUACCGACUCCACUACAUCCUUUCGAUCGUUUCCCUUCCCAAACACUGUAUACGAACUGGCCAGUUGUGCAUCAUGCUACUGAAAUGAACAUCGAUUUCGGUCUCUCCUCCCGCCCCCCCGCCAGCGUAGGACAUCCAGCAAGGCGUAAACUGCUCACCAUUCGUUCAUUUACCUGCCCUUGAUUUCACUCCCCCCCUCCCCGCAGGAUUCGUGAGGCCCGUGCUCUUCGCGUUCUCGAGGCGCACGCAAGGAAGAACAAGCAGAAGUCACGCGUGCCGCGCAGCCAAAAGGGUGUCAGCGGAAAGGAGAUGAAGGUCGAACUCGGCAAACUGGGUCUCCCAGUCGAUGUCAGCAAGGAGGUAGGUGUCGCCUUUUUCCUGCCGUUAAGCCGCUGCUGUGUUAGGCCAGAUCGGGAACCACGACCCAUGACAUGCAUGAGCCUCUAAGCUACAUGUGUGUGUGUGUGCCACGUUUUGGGCGGAGGCUCACGCCACCUCGUCAGCCAGCGCUCCUGAUCUUGUCUCCAGCCGCCCGAUAAGUUGCGUCAGGCCAUCUGAACGCCGAAGGAUAGAAAGCCGAUGCUGGCAAUUCAGCAGACUCUUCGGUAUACUAGAUUUGAUGCACUUGAAAUUGUCACGACAUACCCGUGGCAUGGAAAGUUGCCAUUGGAAUUUGGUUCAGGCGAUGAAGUGGGCGCGUGGAAGUCCGCCCACAGCAAACACAUUCAUGAGCAAUUCGCAAUUGUGCUCACUUCUUGACAAUGGCAACUGCUCGUCACACUUGCAACCAGCUAGCUUGAAAAAGGUUUGCUGAAAUAUUCCGUGUUAAUACGCCCUGGGCAUAAGGCUGUCCCAGGACGCCAUCAUCAUCAUCAUCAUCAUCAUCAUCAUCAUCAUCAUCAUCAUCAUCAUCAUCAUCAUCAUCAUCAUCAUCAUCAUCAUCAUCAUCAUCAUCAUCAUCAAUCAAUCAAUCAAUCAAUCAAUCACUAUCAUCCACUCCAACCGGAUCGAUCGAUGAGCGCCUCUCUACCAUCAUAAGUCAUAGGCCACCUAACGGCACGCGGCCACCUCUUCAAACCUCGGUGGCGCCGAAAUCCCCACAGUGGGCGACAGCCGUUUGAGUCACAAAUUGGAUAAGUCAUGACUCUCCAUAAACAACUUUCAUCCCCAACAUGUGUAGCGUUAAAACUCAUGGAAGGAGCGCAGCUGAAUAGUAAACGGGAAUGUCUCUUAGGAGCAGGGCUGCAAACCAUUACCGUGCCGAUUAUUAAUACCUGCGUUGAAUUUUUGUCAACCGUUGCCCCUGUGAGACGGUAGCGACCUCGUCCCCUAAAUGCCAAAAUGGGUAUUCCUGUGUCAUUGGAUGUUCAUACACCCUUCCCCUAAUCCCUGCAGGUUCAGCGAAGCCAGUCACGGAAGCGAGAAGCGGUUAAGCGUGCCCAAACACCGGAUCCCUCGCAUGUGGCUGCUGUGGAGCGCGCCAACCGACCCCGAUCGCGUUCCGGUGUGCGAGACGAGAGUAUGCAUAAGGUGGCCCGCGCCAAGUCCCUGCUCGCCCUCCGGAAAGUCUCCGCCCAGUCACGCAAGGGCGAGGCCGAUCGUCACAUCCCCGACCUCAAACCGAAACACCUCUUUGCAGGCAAGCGUUCCAUCGGAAAGACGGACAGGCGUUGA